AUGUCAGAUGAGCAAGGCAUUAUAGAUACAAUCAAUCUGGCUAUCAAGACCCAGGAAGAAAUGAAAGCUCAGCUAUUAAGCGAAAUUGCAAAGCUUGAACAACAGAACAAUUCUCCUUCGAAAACUGAAGCAACAAUAAAAUUCUACAGAUCAUCAAUAGAACACUUAGAAAUUGAAAAACAAUCAUUAAAUGAAAAGAUUCAUCAGAUGAAACAAGUCGAGUAUCCAACGCUUCAACAAAAAUUACAAAGAAUCACUCAAAAGAACCAAUCUGUUGAAGCAAGGAUCAAAAGCUUGAAGAAAGUCAGACAUGAAGAAAUUUUGAAGAAGAUGGAUAAACCAGAACGCGCUAAAAAGCAUGUAUUAAAAUAUAUCGAGAAAGUAAAGAAGGAAAUACAAGAUUUAACCAAGGAUGGAGACAACCUCAACAAGAAGAUUGUUGAAUCAAAAGAUCAGCUCCAAAGACUUCAGCAAGCUAAUCUCACAACACAAAGACAAGCAGCUCAUACUUCAUGGGCUUCGGAAAUCAGUGAUGAGGCUUUACACAACUCUACGACUAGUGCUAGACCACGUAAAAGACCAUUGAGAUCUUUACAAGCAAGAAAUUCUGCUUAUCUCCCACCAGAUCCUACUAGAUUUUCACCUUAUUUUUAA